AGGCAAUUUACGUCAUGAGCAGAAUGACGUUUGUUGCUGGCUGUGAGUCCUCGCGACCAGAGAGAGUUCAGGCAAGCAGACUGUGUAGCGUACAACAACGCGCACCAAAGUAGUCGGGCGUUUAUGGAAACAGGAAGCCGAGGGAAAGCAAAGCAAAGGAUUAAAGUCGGGUCUCUGUGUGACUUCAAAGGGCGCCUUGCUUCGUCGACCUAUGAUAUAAUGUAUUUAGUACAAUUUGAAACACUGAACAGCCGCCAUGGAGGGAAACGAGAGGACUUUUGGCGCUUUGGACAUGAGUACAGUCAGACUUUCGUUUAGGUUCAACGGUGCACGUAUUCGUUUACAACGAGUUCGCUGCAGGAGAGCUUUCAGCAGCUAGUUUUCUGUUCAUUUUAAGUUGCUGUGCUAGCUAGCUGCUGAAUAACUGUAAGUUAAGUUAGCGAGCUAGCUGACAGUUGAUUUUAGAAAGAGUAGGGUGGAAUCUCAUCAUUACCGUUAGCUCCACAGCCUUCUUAGCGCUAUGUUACACGUGUUUGAACAGUUGCUGUGUCGCGGAAAAGAUAUUAAGUAACUAUCAAAAGUCGACGGACAUUAGCAACACACAUAGGUGAAGGCCAGCGGUACUCCUUUAGCUGCUUGCUAGCUGCGUACAACCUAUAACAAGCUAACGUUAAUGUCAACUAACAUGGAGGAAGAUAUGCAUGUGUUGUCAGUGCAGUGUUACAUAAUUGCAAAACAGAAUUGUACUCGCUGGUCUCACCUUCUGCUCUUUGACGGCACGCAAACCGACUUUUGACAUCUUGGAUAAAAUACUUAAUGGCUGUUAAUUGACACUCCGAAGAACCCACGCAAAAUGGACUCAAACACUCUAAUCAGUGCCAUGGAUCCAUCCAUCACCCUGUGGCAGUUCCUUCUGCACUUGCUGGAGAACCACAGCCACAAGCACCUCAUCUCCUGGACGCCCAACGGGGAUGGCGAGUUCAAGCUGCUGGAUGCUGAGGAGGUGGCCAGGCUGUGGGGCCUCCGCAAGAACAAGACCAACAUGAACUAUGACAAGCUCAGCAGAGCCCUACGCUACUACUACGACAAGAACAUCAUCAAGAAGGUCAGUGGACAGAAGUUUGUCUACAAGUUUGUGAACUCCCCCGACCCCGCUUCGGCCGAGGGGGUGCGAGGGCCAGAAGAUGCUGCCGGACGGGGUGGAGAGGGUGCCCCCGAGGCGAUCCUGCAGUCCAAGCCUGCGGGUGCCCUGGCCGCUAUGGCCGGGGUCACCGGCAUCCCUAAGAGCCUCCAGCCCCAGAGGCCCUCGCCCAGCUCGGCCCAGCGCAGCUCUCGAAACGACUACAUGAAGUCAGGCCUCUACUCCACCUUUACCAUCCAGUCCCUGAAGACACAACCCCCCAAGUCCAUCAAGACUGAGGGCACACUCCUGACAGCCGAGUGCCUGCCCAAGGCCGGACCAGCCGCUGUGCACACACCAGAUGUGGCUCUGUGUGAGGUACGUCUGUGUGCCCCCGAGGCCCAGCAGAGCUCCCUGCCCCCCCACAGCAACGGGGUGGAGAGCGGCCUGCAGGUGAUCGUCACCCAGCCCUCACCCUGCGCCACACCCGCCCUGAGCCCGCAAACACCGUCGGGCUCCACCACGGGCAGCACGAAUGCUCACACACAGCAGACCCAAUCCAUGGGCGACUCUCCGCACAUCUUUGUGACGAGUAUUUCGGACCAGGGCUCCCUCAUUUCUCUGACGCCUGUUGGUGCCCCUGUUGGAACUGGGGAGUGUGUGGUCAGUCAGGCAUCCCAGGCACCCCAGGUAUAUGUGGUCAUCAAACCCUCAACAGUGAGUGCCACCUCCAAGGAGCCUUGUCCAUCCUCGGAUGAUGACCUCCUGGAGAUAGUCCUCGAUCCGAAGACAGCCGUGGAGGCUGUAGAGGCAGUGUCCAUCUCCAGGGAUGCUGAGGCCCCCACCCCUGUGGACGUCCCCGCCCCGUGUGUGGAGCCGGCAGGUCAGCCUGACGGGCAGAAGGAGGGGGAUGGAGAAACGGAGAUCAAGGUUGAGCUGGCAGAGGGCUCCCCAUCCCCCUCCCUGUCUGUUCCGGUGUCCACCUCCUCUCAGGAAGUGCACCCGCCCAAGGCGAAGAAGCCUCGGGGUCUGGAGCUACCCUCGUCCCCUUCCAUCUUACCGCCUGGCCUCUCCCUGGAUAAGGUCAACGCAGCGGUCAACAGCCUCCUGGCCCCCGGAAGUGCCACCAACACACUAACGCCUACAGUUAUCACCUCUCACGCCCUGACUCCGGUGUUGCUGACUCCUAGCCCGCUCCCCUCCACCAUCCACUUCUGGAGCACGCUCAGUCCCAUCGCCCCUCGGAGCCCUGCCAAGCUCUCCUUCCAGUUCCCCACCAACGGCAGCAGUCAGAUCCACAUCCCAGCCUUGAGUGUGGACGGCCUCUCCACUCCCGUUGUGUUGUCACCUGGACCUCAGAAGCCCUGAGCACCUGUCUGGCUCCAUCACCUGCUUCUACGUUCUGUAGUUUCACACAGCCUAGCCAAUGAGAGGUUAAGGACAGAUGACUGACAGACACACACUCCACUCAGAGAUCCCAGUGUGGCCAGUGGGCGGGGAUUUCUCAAUCUCCAAGCCAAUGACUGCACAGAACUGCAUGUUCCAGUGCGGCCCCAACUCACCUGAUUGGCUUGUCUACAUGCCUUGGCUGCCAGGUGACCCAGAGGUGGCAUCUGUAACUUCUCUUGCGUCAUAGAAAGUUCUAACUCAGUCUUUUUAUUUUUCUAAGAAUGUGUUUGUGCGUUUCCUUUUUCAUUAUUUAUUUUGUCUGAUUUCAACAAAGUAGACAUUUUGGUGCAUCUCUCUCUCUUUUUCCCCUCUCUGUUUAGUUGUGAACAUUUUAACACUGAGCACUUUUUCAGUGCAAUGGCGCCAUGAUUAAGCUCGUUUCUACUUUGGACUGAGCAAAAACAAAAAAGGAGAAGAGUUUUUGACCAAGUGAUGACAGUCCAUCUCUCUUUCUAGUCAAAUGUUUCCAUUUCAAAUUCACCAUCAGAUCCACAACACAAGUGACAAGGAUGUGUUAUGUGCACCGUUCGGCUGGAUGACUUGAAGGGAGGAACAUUUCUAAUGUUUGAUGCACUUGGUCUGCAAAAGGAGAGAAAGACGACAAGAGAACUUUUGUGACCCUCUUGUAUAUUUUCCAUUGACAGAAGAAUCUAUUUUCUAAAUCAGCUGGCACUUUUCCGAUGGAAUUUUCACAGCCAUCUUUUUGGAUUUUUCCUUUCUAGAGCUCUCUGCAUGAAACAUGGAUACAUAAGAUGAUGAGUGGUCUCAUUAAAGAGAUUCUCUUCUCGUUUUUUGACAAAUGGAAUGAGCCAACUUUGUUUAGUGAGAGAAAAGAGUCCAUGAGAGUCCAUUCGACCAUUUUAAACGGCUCUUUUGUUCUACAUACUGAAGCCAUUCCAUGUUUAGGGAAGGAACGAAAAAAUGUCUGACUGCUUUCUUGUGCUUCUCUGAUGUUGCAAAGCAUCCCUUACAAAGGCAGCCUCCUCAGUGGAACAAGGUCUCUGCAGUGUCGCAAGAAACCUUUUGGAAUUGUAUGUUGUUGUUAUUUUUUUUGAAUGAACAAAAAAAAACAUCACAGGCAACCAAAGAAAUAGCAUAAGCUGUUUGUAUACAAAUUGAAAGCAUCCUUCGUAGUGCUCCAGUGUUUGUCUGUUUUGUGGAAGGGCUGCAAGACACAGAAUAACACCACAAAUAAUCUGCAUUCAUUUAAAAAGUCUGGAGACGGGUGACUGUAAUGAAUGUAAGUUCUUUUAGUGGUGUAACACCAAGUGUAAUUUAGCAGGAGAGGGGGAAUCCAUCGUUUGAGGACACAACUGUGCUGUCAUUUUUGUCUCGGGCAUUUUCCCAGCCCCGUAUGAAAAGCAGUUGGCUUUUAGUGUCAUGAUGAAGCACCACUUAUGAGAGAUGUCCUCAGAUUUAAAUCUGUGAACCUUGCCAAGCAUAUUUAUUCAAAAUGAAAAUGUUUGACUUAUGAAACAAGUGUCAUCUCAACGUGUUACAAAAGGAGGUGAAAUGAUCCAUGGCUGUUCCCCUCAUCUCAGAGACACGUAACAAACUGAUUGUGGGUCCAGCAGCUUGUUCUCUGGUGCUGUUUGACUGAAAAGCCUCUUAUGCUCCUUAAUACAGAGUCUGAUUGAAAUGCUUGUAAGCAAUCCGGUCUUUAACAACACGGUCCAACAUCCCACCAAGCAGCCUUCCCAAAAUGUGUCAGCUCUUUUGCGGAUUUGGUGUCUGUCAGUAGGAAGUGAACGAUUUUGCCGGGGUUUGGCCAAAAUGACCCAAAAAUGAGUGUGUCUCAAGCUCUUUGUCAAGAAUGUGUUUUUUUUAUUAUUGUAGUACAGGAAUCUUUGUCAGAUUGUAUUAAGCACUUUUCAGAGAGUGCACUGUCUUGUACUUAUGUGUCAGGCAGCAAGAAUGCUGUGUUCUUUCAACAAUCAUAUCUGAGGAAUUGUAAUGAAACGAUCCAGUCAAAGCACAUUCAGACACCCCCUCCCAGCACUCAGAACAGUUCACAACAGAAUAUCCCAUUAGCUUGCUUGUACAGAUGUUACCUAAACAUCUCGCCAGUUGAGUACACUUAAGGUGACGAGGUAUUAAGAUGCUGAGAUGUGUUAUUGAAAUUGUUGUUUUAUAUUUCUCUGCAUGUAAAAUAUGGCGCUGUGCUCCAUGUCUUUUUGACUGUUCGCAUUUCUUAAUGCACCUGUUGCAGCUCGGCCUUGAAACACUUCUGCACAGCCAUCCAGAGAGAGAGAGAGCCCUUGAAAGAAUUAACUGUUAAAAGCGGAAGCUAACUUUAUACCAUGUAGUGAUUUCCUCUAUGGCCAGCUGAUUGUUCAACUGGUCAUCCAAGCCAAUGCGGAGGUCUCUCAUCAUGUUUAUCCAUUCCUUGGUCCCUGUGCUGACUGUUUGCUGAGGCUUUUUUAAAGCAUUAUUCACACCAAAAUUUCAUCCAGGUUGAAGCCAAACAGAUUUAACUGAAUGAAUGUACAAAAUCUUAAUAGUUUCUCUCUGUUGUAACAUUCCCAGGGCACCACCACUGACCCGUUCACUACGAUGUUGAGUUGAUCUUGCAGUUAAAGUUGUGAUGUGUGUCUGAAUUGAAUGGCAUAGAAAAAGCAGAAGUAGCACUUCAUCCUCCUGUUCCUAGCCUACACAGCUCUCAGACAUUCAGGUUGUAUUGUAAAUCCAGAUGUUGUAAAUUUGAGACGACAAGCUUCAACAUAUUGUUAUACAAAUUAUUUUUAAUUUAUGGGUCACAUGGCCUAUUUUAAGUACACAGACAACAUUUAAACGAAAGUGAAAAGCCUGCUUUUGUAGUGCACAGCAGUGGAAAGAAUUGUUUUUACAGAAAAUGUAAGCAGCUCGCACCUCUCAGUCUGUUAUUGUAAUUGUUAUGUUUGUCUUGUUUUUAAUGUUUUAAUCUUUUUAGCCCCAUUAAUGAAAUAUGUUUAGAUAUAAUUUAUCCUUACCCUUGUUCCCUACAUUUGCCUGUAGUCAACAUGUCUUUUUCAGAGGGAGGUGUGUUUGAAAGGAGAAAUCUCUGUGUGGACUGUCUAUCACCGGUUGUUGUCAUGGAGUGGUUUGUUUUUGCCAUAAAAAUCAGCAGAUCAUUAUGAAAACGAAGCCAUUUUACACAGCUUGACGAGCUUGUUGAGUCAACCCGGUGGAUUUUCACAAGUAGGGCAUAUCUCUCAUCCUUUACUUAUUAACCAGGCAAACAAUAACACCGCCUGCAAUAUGAAGUGGCUCACUGUGAUUUCUGUUAUUCUUAUGGGUCAUUUUAGAAAGCACACAUACAAAAACACACAUGCCCACGCACUGUGGCGCUUGUAUUUGGCACUCUUGGAACACGCUUUUGUUUGUUUUCAAAGUUGAAAAAAAAAAAAAAAACGUUUCUCUUCACAAUGUGUACUUACAUGCAGAUAUGAGCACAUUUCAUGCUAAGAGGAUAUAUGACUGUUUCAGGCUUGCUUAUUCUAAUUCUACAUGUCCUAAGCCUUGUAAUGGGGGUUAAAUGCAUUUUAAAUACCGCUUGGCCUGACUGUAAGCUCUCUCCCGCCCUCUAUCUCUCUCUCUCUGCAGUUCCUUAGCAUGAUGUUGUGUUUGCGUUUUCUGACUUACAACCAGUGUUUGAGCUUGGUUGAGUUUGACCACAUGGCCCUGAAUUGGGGGCAAGAUGGGGGGGUGGGUGGAGUUGUCCAAUGAGGUGGCACAACCAGAUGUGUAUGUGAGCUUUCAUAUUUGUACAAAAGCAGUGGACGUAAACAAACACGUUUCUGGGUUAAUAUGCAGUAUAGAUUACGCCGUUCUUGUGGCAGCAUGGCAAUGUGAUUGUUCAGGUCUGUGUUGCUUUGUAUUUUCAGAUGAAAGAAUAUUUUGAUAGACAGAGUAGUUUUGUAAAUCAUUUGAAGAUGACAAUGAGCUCAUCCUUGGUUGAGCUCAACCUUUCAGAGGAAAAGGUUACGUUUUAUCUUGGCACGUGACCUCAACCAGUUUUCCCUCUCUGCAAAGUCAACUGAGUGAGAAUCUCUCUAUAGACUGUUAUAGUUACAAUUUAGAAGAAAAAUAUGGAGAAUAAGCCAAAGCCUUAAUAUUGAGCAUUAGAUGAAUAUUUUGGCAUGUAACACUUAUUUGAAAAUUGUUCACAGUAAUGUGGAAUAUUAUGACCCAUUGCUUUCCCAGCUUUAUAAAGAAUAUCUGCUACUGCUCAAUAGUGGUGUGCUGUUUUUCUGAUAGAUUCAUCAUCAUUGUUAGGAGUGACCAGGAUGUGUUUGAUUCUCUAUCUGUGUAUGUUAUGCAAACUAAGGGCCAGGAUAUGAAAAAGCCAUUGAAAAUGAUUUCAGCUCUACAAACAGCAAUCAUCUGACACGGCUCAUGCUCAGUACUCACACCACCUUUAUGCAAGUUGUAUCUCAAUACCAGCAAAACUUUGGGUUUCCUUCUGUCUUUUGUUUCUUGGGGAUUUACCCUUACUGGUGGUCUUUUUGAAGACUCAUUAUUGCACCCCUUAUUAGCUUAUGUCUGCAUUAGUGCUUGUCUCAGUCGUCAUGCCCUUUAGGUUGUCAUCAAAAUAUAUCAACAACGUACUCUCAGCACCCAUCAAAUCAUUUGGGCUCAAAACUGUUGAAAGUUUUAUGCUUCAUUUUAAUAUACUUACAAAGUUACUGAAAAUGAGAUGUCUAUGAUGACAGGUUGCUGUAUGUUGUGAUUCCAUUCCUUUUCCUCUUUGACUUGCUUUUCUAUUUAAAUGUCAUGUGGGAGUAUUCUCGUACGACCUGGUAAAUCGCAACGUGUUGGCAAAAAAAACUUGCUAUAUGUGUAUGUGCAAAUGUAUGUGGGAUAUCUCUUGACAUGCGGAACGCAGAUUCCUUUGAGAGUCUGCGUUUGAACCCCAAGACUCUGUUGCGAGUCGUUACGAUCUGUUAGGCUUCUCCUUUCUUAACCCAGAUGAGUGGUGCUCUCUGGGGUUUUAUUUAGAGAGAAGGAGAAGUCCCUUUUUGUCUGAUUUGUUUUGUUUGUUUAUGAACUGUCCAAAUACAUUAUAUUUACUGGAAAAAAAGAGAGACAAAACUAUUUUUAAUCUGCACAUUCUACUUUGUUUGUGUAUAUGUUAUAGAUAUUAAUCUUGUUUUUUAAAGAAAUACCUGGAACUAAUGUUCAAGAAAAAAAGAAUAAAACCUUAUUUUGUUC